ACUGUUUCCAUUGACAAAACAUUUCCAGCUGAACAUAACCAACGACAAAUUUUUAGAAUAUUAUUAAAAAGUACGUAGCAUAUUUUCUGUUCCAUCAAGAUGAUACAGUACCAGAAUAAGAUUGCACGCAAUGAGUCUUAUGAGCCGGAUUUGCGCAAUGAGGGAACAUACAUAUGCCCAAUGCCACGUCCACCGCCGCCUCCAAUGGACGGCGAAACAUGGUUUGCGCACUUGCCACCGCACGAGCGUCUCUUCUACCAUCAGACUAUGAGCUCCGUGCGAUAUAGCAAAAGAUUUCGUGGCAACAUAAACAUACCCAAGGAUUCGCUGGACUUUCAGCUACAGGCGCGUUAUGAUCACGGGCGAGAAACUUUUCCAGAUAAAAUAGAUGCCGUGCUGCAAAGGGAUACAUGCUGUGCCACCACCAGCUGGAUGGCACCGCAUGGUCAAAAGGAAGUGGGCGCCAAUGCUAGGUUGAAUCUAUUUCGUGUGCUACGCAAUACACGCGUGGUGCGCGAAAAGAUGCCCGAAGUAUUGGGGCAUCCCUUGCGCAUAGGCGGCUGCAAGGAGAAGAUCUCUCCGCAUAGCGUCAAACUAAUCUGCAGUGGUGUGCACAACCAGCUGGUGAACAAUGGCUUCUCUCGCCAGACCUCCGAUGGCAAUUUCUUCCGUUAUUAACAAGCAAUUUGUUUAAAGUCUUUACAUGAUUAUUGGACACAAAGCAAUAAAAAUUUACAAGCAAGUACAUAAAUGCAGGUCACGCAGUCGGCUGUA